AUGGCUCGUAAGCGUAAGGGGCAGGCCCUUAACGACUGCCCCAAGGAUCUUAACGACAUUCCUUACAUCCGCUGGAUGAACCAGCAGAUCGCCAACGGGCGCCAUCCGAAGGGAUUAUCCGCGCCGCCCGUGCUUGACGGCCAGGGAUCCAGUGCACAGUCGCCCAGUGCGGCCCCGUCACGUGUGCGCCGCCAGCCUGCAAGGACGGCUGCAACACACCGGCUUGUCGUGGAGCAAGAUGCUGACGAUGACGAUGAUGACGACCCCGAACAAGGCCUCGACACCGACGACGACGAGGAGGAACCGGAAGACGCUGGGAUGUCGCCCAGCGACGGCGACGACGAAGAUGAGGACGCCGAGGACGACGCGGAGGAGGAAGCGCAACCAGUGUCUCAGCCGCCGAAACGGAGCGCCGCACGCGCAUCUGGGACGAACAAAGGCAAAGGCAAGGCGGCGCCACCACCACCACGCCAGGAGCCACGGAAGAAGCGGUCGGCUGCACCAGUCGAGAGGGGCUUAUGGUCGGACAAGGAGAGCACCAUAUUCGUCGCGGCGAAGUGGUUCAUGAAAGAGGAGCUCGAGUCUCUCAAGGGGAAGCAGGGGACGCAAUACUGGGUCCGACUACUCGCGCACAUCAAGGAGUCGAACCAUGGAUGGUGCAGGGGUGUCAACGCGUUGCAGAAGCAGUGGCGUAACUUGACGCUCCUCUGGCGGGAGUACAAGCGUGGCGACGGGGGGUCAGGCCACGGCUCGGUUGAGAAACCACCGUGGUAUCCGUACCUGGAGCUGCACAACCAGAACACCGCCGCAGCCGCACCGCAUGCGGUGGACGACGGCGGCGCCACGGACGUCAACGUGCCGGCCGGCAUGGAGGACAUGCGACUUGCCCGCGAGCGCAUGACUGAAUCGGCGCCCCCGGACGUGCACCGUGCGCCGCCGGAUUUCAGCCCUCCUCCGCCACGCGGGGAGUCCGCACCACCUCCCGAAGCCGCACAGCAUGGCGACGAUGUUGGCGACGUCAACACCGUCACUCCGGGUGCUGAGGAUGUGGAGAUAUGGGUGCGCGGCGCCGACGAUUAG